UUUGUACGUCAACUAAUUGUCAUAAAUGAUAAUUUUUCAUCAUUCUAGAACAAGUUAAAUAUUUGAUCAUAUGAGUUUUUUUACGUUUUACUUUUUAUUUAAUUUAUAAAGUGCCUGUGUAAAAAUGGAAUAAAUAUUAUUUAGAAGAUAAAUCUGUUUGUGUAUAUUUCAUAUUAAUCAUGGGUAUUUUUAAUCUUUCAUCACCUUUCGAUGCUGAUAUCGAAAAAGCCACAAGUGAAAAUAACACUUCAGAACAAUGGGGAGCCAUAAUGGAUGUUUGUGAUAAAGUAGGAUCAAGUGCUGCAAAUGCCAAAGAUGCUUUACGUUCAAUUGUUAAAAGACUUUCACAUGCAGACCCUCAUGUAGUAGUUCAAGCCAUUACUCUUCUUGAUGCUUGUGUAAAUAAUUGUGGUAACAAUUUCCACUUAGAGGUGGCAUCACGUGAUUUUGAAAAUGAAUAUCGUAGAUUACUUUCAAAAAGCCAACCAGCCGUAGCUUUAAAAUUGAAGCAAUUAUUAAAAAAAUGGUCAGAAGGAGAAUUCAAAUCUGACCCUCAACUGAAUUUGAUUCCAUCACUCUACAAUAAAUUGAAAAGUGAAGGUGUUGAUUUCUCUGAUGUGCAAACUAAUACACCUAAACAACAUCCAGUAAGUAAAGAUCCAAAUGUAGUUUCAUCACAACAAGAGGAAGAUGAUAUAGCAAAAGCUAUAGAAUUAUCUCUAAAAGAUAAAAGUAAUUCAGUGCGACCACUUUCAUCAAAUUCUGCUAGUUCUUCCCUCUAUCCAUCUAUGCAACUUUCUGCACCCAUGCCUAGUACAUCAAAUAAUUCAGAGCCCCGCAAAGUCAGAGCUCUAUAUGACUUUGAAGCAGCAGAAGAUAACGAAUUGACCUUCUUAGCUGGUGAAAUAAUCCAUAUGCUAGAUGAUUCAGAUCCUAAUUGGUGGAAAGGAUAUAAUCAACAUGGAGAAGGUUUAUUUCCUGCCAACUUUGUAACUGCUGAUUUAUCAGUUGAACCAGAACAAUUUAGAAUUGAUGCUAACAAGAAAUCUGUUCAAUUUUCUGAUGCUGUUCAAGUCAAAACUAUAUCUCAUGAUGAUGAAACCAGUCCUGAAAUUAAUGAAGAAAGUAUAGAUACUUUAUUAAAUUUAUUACAUGAAGCAAAUCCUGAAGAUCCUAAUGAUGAUACAGAGCAAAUGCUCAACUUAGAAGUUCAAGUAAAUAAAAUGGGCCCUCUGAUUGAUGCUGAAUUAGAAAAUAUUGACAGAAAACAUGCCCAACUUACUCAAUUGAGUGGCGAUUUAGUAGAAGCACUUAAUUUAUAUCACACUUUAAUGAGAGAACCAGAAAGACCUCAAAUGCACAAUAUGUAUGGCCCUCAAGGUUAUCCAAAUAUAACACAGCAACAAAUGUUUCCUCCAAGAGAUUUUAUGCCAAUGCCAACUAAUAGUAUGGGAAUGAACAUGCCUGUUUAUGCAAUGGGUCCCCAAAUAUUGCCACCUGGUAUGGUUGCACCUGGGCAAAUGAAUAUGAGUUUACCACCUGUGAUAGGAAUACCACCAGGCAACCCACAGAUAUCCCAAAAUAAUCCUCAACCACAUUCCCUAAAUACUACAAUGGCCCAGACAAGUCCUAUGCCCCAAGGCCCUGUGCAAAGAGUUCCUCCAAAUAAUCCUCAUGUAAAUUUGCAUAACAUGAAUACAAAUCCUGUAAUGAUUCCUAAUCAGACAAUAGUAAAUCAAAGUCAGCCACAAAUGCAAUUGAUUCAGAACAGUUCUCAAAUGUCCCUAGCGAAUAAUCCUCAACCAAUAGGACAACCACAACCAGGCCCUAAUCCUAUGUUAAUACAUCAAAUGUCUCAACAUUUAAAUGGAUUGCAUAUUACAAAUGGCAUGGGAACCAUACCUGCAUCAAGCCAUUCUAAUCCUAACGAUGAAUCCCAACAAAGUGUGCAAUAUCAGCAGCGAAUGGGGUCAAAUAUAUUUAUGCAGGGACCUCAAGCAUUGCCGGGUCACAUGUAAUUUAUUUAUCAAUAUCUGUGUUAUCGAAAUUUAUAAAAAGCUGAUAAAAAGCCUUCUAUAUCAAUGAUAUAUCAUUGACAACAUAUUUACUCAAAGUAUAUUUUUUGUAUAUUUUAAUUUUACAUAAUACGCAAAGUUUAAGCUUGUAUCACAUAAUUUUAAGUUGAUAGGUGUUAAAACUAUCUAUUUAUUGUGAUUUUUUUUAU